AUUAGCUUGUUGAUGCUAUCCAGUGUUGUGUCUCGUGUGACUAACUAGUUCUCCUAAAUACUUGAUUGACACCUGCACGUGGGCGUGUUGUGACGUCACUACGUGAGCGGAAAUGUCUUUAAAGGAGUCACGGGGCCACAAACACACACACAAAGGCUCGAGGCUGAGGAGUUGAACACACGAGAUGAUCUGGACGGUUCUCCUGCUGGCUCAUGUUGUACUUCUCUGCUUUCUGCUCACACACAGAUCCAGGUCCCAGGGUGAACCACCGUUAGACAAAGGCGCUAUCCCGUGGCUGGGGCAUGCCCUGGAGUUUGGGAAGGAUGCAGCCAAGUUCUUGAGCCGAAUGAAGCUAAAGCACGGAGACAUCUUCACUGUGCGUGUUGCCGGUUGCUAUGUGACCGUGUUGCUGGAUCCUCACUCGUACGACCAUGUGAUCAACGACAGCGACUCGCUGGACUUUGAGCGCUACGCCGAGGUGCUCAUGGAGAGAAUCUUCAAGCUGCGUCUCCCGUGUCGUCAUCAGCCCGCUCGGGCCAAAGCGCUGAUGAAACGGCACUUCCUCGGAACCAAUUUGGCCGCCCUAAACGGCACCAUGGCGAGGCACCUGGAGGCCCUGCUGAAAGCCGAGAUCCCUCCCGACCAGAAAUACUGGACUCAGACCAGACUGUUUGACUUCUCGUAUGGCGUUCUCUUCAAGGCGGGUUACCUGACGCUCUUUGGAGGAGAGCAGAAUAACAACAGUGCCGACCCUUCCUGCGUUUACGAGGAGUACCGCAAGUUUGACCGUCUCCUCACCAAGCUAGCCAAAGGCACCUUGAAGCCAGAGGAGAGGAGGGCAGCCCAGGGUGUUCGUCACAGGCUGUGGGAACUUCUGGGCCGGGUGGGUCAGACGGCGGACUCGGACUCCAAGCGGUGGCUUCACGGCUACAGGCGACUUCUGCAGCAGGACGGAGCGGACGAGGAGACGCAGAGGCGGGCCGUACUGAUGCAACUGUGGGCCACACAGGGGAACGUCGGCCCUGCCGCCUUUUGGCUUUUGGGAUUCUUGCUGACCAAUCCCGAGGCGAUGGCUGCAGUGAGGAGGGAGUUCAAGAAGAUCCCAUGCGUGGAAGCAUCAGGAGCUUCCUGCCUCAACUCUCCCGGGAACACUCCUGUCUUUGACAGCGCCUUGGAGGAGACACUGAGACUCACCGCCGCCCCCUUCAUCACCAGGGAGGUACUGCAGGCGAAGACGGUUAAAAUGGCCAACGGUCAGGAGUACCAACUACGGAAAGGAGACCGGGUGUGCUUGUUCCCGUUCACCAGCCCUCAAAUGGACCCCGACGUUCACCCAGAGCCGCAGAAGUUCCAGUUUGACCGCUUCCUGAAUGAAGACGGAUCCUCCAAAAGGGAUUUUUAUAAGGGCGGGCGGCGGCUGACAUAUUACACCAUGCCAUGGGGGGCGGGGACCAACGGCUGCGUGGGAAAGCACUUUGCCAUCAAUACCAUCAGACAGUUUGUUUACUUGCUGUUGAAUAUGGAUUUGGAAUUAUGUGACCUAAACGCUCCGAUGCCGGAGAUAAACGCCAGUCGUUACGGAUUCGGGAUGCUCCAACCACAAGGGGACUUGUUGGUGCGCUUUAAAGGCGGGACCGCGCACUAAGCUCUUUCACAGAAGGUCUUAUUUAUUUCCACGUUGUUGUAUAAAAGCCUUUUUACUUUUUUUAUUCCUUAUUUAAAAAUAAAACAGUACAUUCAUAA